AUGAUGGGCGGCGGCGAGUCGUACCCGGCGCUCGAGGCGAGCCUGCUGGCAGAGGAAGCGGCGGCGAGGAGGCAGUGGGAGAAGACGUACCUGGACGUGCUGGGCGUGUGCUGCUCCGCGGAGGUCGCGCUCGUCGAGCGGCUGCUGGCGCCGCUCGACGGCGUGAGGGCGGUGGCCGUCGUCGUCCCCUCCCGCACCGUCGUCGUCGAGCACGACCCCGCCGCCGUCUCGCAGUCCCGUAUUGUGAAGGUCCUCAACGGGGCGGGCCUGGAAGCCUCGGUGCGAGCGUACGGCAGCAGCGGGUUCAUCGGCCGACGGCCCAGCCCGUACAUCGUCGCCUGCGGCGCCCUCCUCCUCGCGUCCUCCUUCAGGUGGCUCCUGCUUCCCCUGCAGUGGCUGGCCCUGGGGGCGGCCUGCGCCGGCGCUCCCCCGAUGGUCCUCCGAGGGCUCGCCGCCGCCAGCAGGCUCGCGCUGGACAUCAACAUCCUCAUGCUUAUCGCCGUCGCCGGUGCCGUCGCCCUCAAGGACUACACGGAGGCAGGCGUCAUCGUCUUCCUCUUCACCACCGCAGAGUGGCUCGAGACCCUGGCCUGCACCAAGGCCAGCGCCGGGAUGUCGUCGUUGAUGAGCAUGAUCCCGCCGAAGGCAGUCCUCGCCGAGACGGGCGAGGUCGUCAACGUUCGCGACAUCGGUGUGGGCGUCGUCAUCGCGGUCAGAGCAGGGGAGAUGGUGCCGGUGGACGGCGUGGUGGUCGACGGGCAGAGUGAGGUCGACGAGAGGAGCCUCACCGGCGAGUCGUACCCGGUGCCCAAGCAACCGCAGUCCGAGGUCUGGGCCGGCACGCUCAACUUGGACGGUUACAUCGCCGUGAGAACAAUGGCUCUCGCCGAGAACUCCACGGUGGCCAAGAUGGAGAGGCUGGUGGAGGAGGCCCAGCAGAGCAAGUCCAAGACGCAGCGGCUGAUCGACUCCUGCGCCAAGUACUACACGCCGGCCGUGGUGGUUCUCGGAGCAGGGGUGGCGCUGCUGCCGCCGCUGCUGGGGGCGCGCGACGCGGAGCGGUGGUUCAGGCUGGCGCUGGUGCUGCUGGUGAGCGCGUGCCCGUGCGCGCUGGUGCUGUCGACGCCCGUCGCGACGUUCUGCGCGCUCCUGACGGCGGCGCGGAUGGGGGUCCUCGUCAAGGGAGGGGACGUCCUCGAGUCGCUGGGCGAGAUCAGGGCCGUGGCGUUCGACAAGACCGGCACCAUCACCAGAGGGGAGUUCACCGUCGACAUGUUCGAUGUGGUCGAACAGAAGGUUCAGAUGAGCCAUCUUCUUUACUGGAUCUCAAGCAUCGAGAGCAAAUCCAGCCACCCAAUGGCGGCUGCGCUCGUGGAGCACGCGCAGUCGAAAUCCAUCCAGCCGAAACCGGAAUGCGUCGCCGAGUUCCGCAUCCUUCCCGGCGAGGGCGUCUACGGAGAGAUCGACGGGAAGCGCAUCUACGUCGGGAACAAGAGGGUCUUGGCGAGGGGAUCCUCCUGUCAGACAGUUCCAGAAAGAAUGAAUGGUCUGAAGGGCGUCUCGAUCGGCUACGUGAUCUGCGACGGGGACCUCGUCGGGGUGUUCUCGCUCUCCGACGACUGCCGGACCGGCGCGGCCGAAGCGAUUCGAGAGCUGGCGUCCAUGGGCAUCAGCUCAGUACUGCUCACGGGGGACAGCGCGGAGGCGGCGGUGCACGCGCAGGAGCGGCUGGGCGGCGCCCUCGAGGAGCUCCACUCGGAGCUCUUCCCGGAGGACAAGGUCCGGCUGGUGGGCGCGCUGAAGGCGAGGGCUGGGCCGACGAUGAUGGUCGGCGACGGCAUGAACGACGCCCCGGCGCUGGCGACGGCGGACGUGGGCGUCUCCAUGGGCAUCUCCGGCUCGGCCGCGGCCAUGGAGACCAGCCACGCGACGCUCAUGUCCAGCGACAUCCUCAGGGUCCCCGAGGCCGUGAGGCUCGGCAGGCGCGCCCGCCGGACCAUCGCCGUCAACAUGGUGUCCUCGGUCGCCGCCAAGGCCGCCGUCCUCGCGCUCGCGGUCGCCUGGCGCCCGGUGCUGUGGGCGGCGGUCCUCGCCGACGUGGGGACGUGCCUGCUCGUCGUGCUCAACAGCAUGCUGCUGCUGGGGGAGGGGCGCAGACGCCGCGGGAAGGAGGAGGCGUGCCGCGCCACCGCCAGGUCGCUGGAGAUGAGAAGGUCUCAGCUCGCCGCCGUUUCACCGGACGCUGCCACUAAAAGCGUUGGAAAGACGGGCGGCGACGCACCGAAAGGCUGCCAUUGCUGCCACAAGCCAAGCAGGUCUCCUGAGCACUCGGUUGCCAUCGACGUACGAGUCGACGAGCAGCGUGAAGGGCCGACGGCCGCGACGUGUGCGCCGGCAAAAAAGGUCGAAUAUUCAUCGAGCUGCGUGUCGGCAGGAUGCUGCUCCCCGUGA